UCUGUGCAGCUCCUCCUCCUGCAGCAGCUUAGGAUCCAGUUGGACUUCGGUUUUUUCUCAGCAAGGAGCAACAGUGAGAGCAGGUAACAGACUCAUUGGACGACUAUUAGGGCCUGAAACUUGACUUGGAAAAACAGAACAAGAUCUUUACAAACUUCAAGAACAACUAUGUGGAGCAGGCAUUGACCAGCCAAUAGACACAAACCCAAAGCAGUGAACACUGUGGACACAGUGGAAAUCAGAAGACACAGUGGAAAGUUGAGGAUGCAGUGGAAAGUUGAGGACACAGUGGAAAGCUGAGGACGCAGUGGAAAGCUGAGGACACAGUGGAAAGCUGAGCAUACAGUAUAACACUGUGGACACAGUGGAAAGCUGAGGAGACAGUGUAACGCUGUGGACACAGUGGAAAGCUGAGGACGCAGUGAGCAGCAGCAGGCACCAUGAUCGACCUGAGUUUCCUGACGGAGGAGGAGCAGGAAACCAUCCUGGCUGUGCUGAAAAGAGAUACUGAGCUAAAGAAGGCUGAGGAGCAGCGUGUCCAGAGCCUGCAGAAGACUGUGACUGACAAGGGCCAGCUGAAGUACAUGACUGGAGAAUGGUUCUAUGAGACCAAGCAACUUCGCCAUCAGGAUCGCAUCCAUGGCUCCGACAUCAUCAGGGCCUCCAUGAGCCACACAUAUAAACCACUGACUAUAUUGGAACUCUCCCAGAUAUUGCCUGAGAAGCCCAGCUUUGUCAGCAGUGAAAAUAAAGAAGUGUUCGUCCCUCCUGUACUCCGUGGAGUCCUUCAGGAGCCUCACAGGCAGCUCAGCAAUGAGAAGUAUCAAAACCAGAACCCUCAUGAAACGCCACAAGAUGCACGUACACCACUUUUCCAGUCACCAACAAAGCAAAGAAAAAAUCCAUUCAACUGUGAGGUCAUGGCAAGUCACACUGUUGAAGAAAAGGGCCGUCAGUUACUGGACAAAACAGUGAAUCAAACCCAGACACAGAAAGAGGAGCCUUUUCCACCACCUGACCACUGCAUUUCUUAUGCUAGUGACCUUAAACAAAACUCUAACGAUAGCCUGUUCACCCAGAAUACAUCUGUUCCCAUGCUAAUGCCCGAAUACGGAGCAGUCAGCACCAGGUCUCAGGACUGUUUUGUUGACGUAGACAGGCCGGGAGAUACACAGACUAGCUCCGUUGCUCCGCGUGGCAUCCUCAAGCAUUUGUCCACUUCUAGCUCAACAGACUCCCUGCUCUCUCGUCUGGAACUGCAGAGUCCAGUUAGCCUGGAUUCUCCCACUGAGACCUGGAUAGAGAGGAAGCAGGUGAGGUUCAGCUCCAUAGUAGGUUGGACCGAAGUGGAGUGGCAGGAUGGGAAGGAGCUGGGAGAGCACAGUUUGCUGGACAUCGACUCCAUCACUCCCUCCAAGGCGGGAAAUAAUAGUGAUCUUGAGAAUACUGGCAGUACAUCUCUUGGCACAUGUAGGCUUUUACUCAUUCAAAGUCAAGUGGAUUCUCAGGAAGGUGAACUCAUUUGCAAAAAUGAGGCACACAUCCAAGAGCAAGAAGCUGGCCAACAUCAGGUCCUGUGUGAUGUCUCUGAUCACUGUCAUUCGGAGUUCCUAAGCCCUACAGUGUCUGGACUUGUUUCUGCUGAGCAGGAGACAGGUAAGCAGGAGUCGCACCUGGAGACCAAGCCUGAAGAGGACCGUCACUCUGAGACUAAGGCCACAGACUGGCCAGCUGGACACAACAUUCAUCAACAAAAGCUGCCUGAACAUAGCACUGACAAUUCUCUUAAGGCCACCUCAGAUACCAAGCUGUCAACUAAUUGCAGCUCAAAGGGUUCAUCUCAUGUGGUUUCACCCAAGCCUAGACAAAGACUACUUGGAAUUUUUAAAAAAGAUAAAGAGAAAACUGCUGGAGUACAGAGUCCACAGAAAGAAGAGGUGAAUAUAUCCAAGCAAAAAGAACCAGGCAACACCCAGAAUCUCUCCCAAGGUGCUGCAGACACUACUGUGGACAGCCCUGCAAGUGUCAGACAAGAAGCUCCUCCUUCUGAGUUGACAGAGGUUAGAACACUGCAACUUACAGCACUGCAGAACACUCCGUUUAUGGAAACAGUGGCCUUGGUAGAUGCAGACACUCAGCAGGAGGCAACAGGAGGUAGAGUUGUUCAGCUUCCAGAGAGACUGUCCAAUCUGAAAGCUUUCUGGGAGAGGGAAAACAGUGGUCCCAAAAUAAUAUUUACCAGAGAAGAGGCAAGGCACAAAGACAUCACCAAGAUAGGUAUAGAAGCUUCACAGAAUAACUGUGAUGUGGUGAGCAUCAACAACAAUCUCUCACCUCAAAUGACAAUGACUGCUGGCAGGUCCCAAGAAAAGAGUUCAUCACAGACUGUCUAUAGCCUCUUAGUAGAUGUAUCUAAAGAAGAUGGCACGUACAGAGCGAAUCCAGUCCUCAUCUGUGAUGAGACAGAUGACUCUUUAACAGGUUCAGUAACAGAGUCACAGAUUUCUGAGCCGCAGGAAAAUAUCACCACUCCCGUAUCUUUCUCUGUAGCCUUUAACACUCAGAGGCAAGAGGGGGAUAUUCCAGUUCCCCUUCCCAGGCAGUCCAGUUCCAGUCCCCCAGAGGACAGGCCAGCCAGGCUCAGUGAUCUUAAGAAUUUCUGGGAGAAGGAAUAUACAGGACCUAGGGUAAUUGCUGCAAGAGUCAAGGAAGCCUCAAGUAGUUCAGUACUCAAUCAGCCUGAUCCGAGAACAUCCUUAGAUAGCAGAGAGAAGUUUGACGCACAACUGUCUCCAUACAAAAACAGGUCUAAUGUUGUCUCGAAAUCAUCAAAAGUGACAGACAAGGGUUUUGUCAGGCAGAGUCCAGACAAAUCACACCUGAGGAGUUCUGAUAGUUCUGGGGAUGUACAGUCUACAUGUCACCAAUCCCAAGUCAAGGCUGAUAGGGAGUCUCAAGAAAGGCCCCUCAGUCCUAGUAAAUGUCAAUCUCCAAGAUCAAAAGACCAGGAUGAUGAAGUCAGGAGGAGUCCAUCUAAGACCUGCCACCCAAGCGUCCUACCUAGAGAAUCUUCCAGUCCAAAGAUAUCCAGGCUGGAAGGCUCUCCAUUGAAAACCUUUCCAAUAGACAUCAACCCCCAAACUAAGGUUGAUGAAGAGCAACAAGGAAAGCUGACACCUGUGCCAAGACAGAGGAAGAGUCCCUCUUAUGAAGCAAAGCAGAAAGUGCUAAUAGACACUAAACCCAGCAAAGACAUCAUCUCUUGUCUUCUCCCUUUACAUCUAGAGGACAGCAGGACUUAUUUUGGUAAUGUAAAUACACAACAAAGUAGUUUAAACUCCCCUUCUUCAUCACAAACUGAAAAAGCUUCAGGGAAGAAGCUGGGGCCAUUUACACGCCUUGCUAGAUCUUUCAUACCUCAGGAUUUUCAACACUACCUCGGGCCACAGGAGAAGGCCCAUGUUCCUCAAUUUCACCAGGAGAAAGCUGCUGCUGCUGCUGCAGAGGAUCAUGUGGUACACAGACCACAAAGUGCCCUCAGAGAGUUUGUGGGAAACCAAAGUGACAGUCCCACUGAGGGGAAUCCUCCCAGAAUCAGUUCUUGGAUUGUGCACAAUAAAGACGGGAACUCCAGCCGAGACAUUUCAACCACGGCCUGGUCUCGGGCAAGUUCAGGCAGUUCUGAUGAGACUUCUAGUCCCAUCAUGUCAGCUCUGAAACCAUUAUCUUCAAGGAGCAUCUCCUCAUCCAAAAGUCUGGAAAACCUCACCUCACAAACAAGAGAACAGAGGACCCAAAAUUACUCAACAGAACAAAUUAAUCAGAGUGUUGAUGAAGCCUUUAUUCGCUCCAGCUCAAAGCAGAUGAAAAGCAGUGUGUCAGUGCCUGUUCUUCAGCUGGAUGAGACGGACAGUGACAGCCCAAUUGAGACUAACUUGGGCUUGAGAAGAAACACAGGCAGCUCCAUGUCUAACUUAAGUCUCUCCUCGGGAAUGGCCUCCAUGUCAUCUGUCAGUGGCAGCAUCAGCAGCAUUUAUCCUGCAGACUGUGGUGACAUUGAAGUCCAGGGAAACAUCCAGUUUGCUGUCAACUACAUCCAGAAACUUGGAGAGUUUCAUAUCUUUGUGGUGCACUGUAGGACUCUGGCAGUGGCUGACACCAAGAAGACCCGCUCUGAUCCGUAUGUGAAAUGUUACCUUCUUCCUGACAAAACAAAGUUGGGAAAGAGAAAAACCACUGUAAAAAAGAAGACUUUAAACCCCACCUACAAUGAAAUCCUCAAGUUUAAAAUAACAAUGGAGGUGUUGAAAACUCAGAAUUUGAACAUCUCAGUGUGGCACAACGACACUUUUCGGCGGAACAGUUUCCUGGGCGAGGUGAACCUGGACUUGUCAGAGUGGGACUUCAGCAACACACAGAUAAAUGAAUAUGCAUUAAAAACCAGGGUCUUUCAGGUCUCAGCACAAACCGCAACACUGUCUCUCUCACGUCUGAUAGACAACAGAGGACAGAUGAGAGUCGCCCUGAGAUUCCUGCCGCAGACGUCUGACAGCAAGAGAACAUCUAGGACGGAGACUGGUGAGGUGCAGAUUUGGGUGAAAGACUGCAAGAAUCUUCCUCCAGUCAGAGGGGUUACUAUUGACCCAUUUGUGAAAUGCAAUGUACUUCCUGACAAAAGCCAAAAAAGCAGACAGAAGACACGGGUUGUGAAGAGGACCGCCAACCCGAUGUUCAACCACACCAUGGUGUACGACGGCUUCCGACCAGAGGACCUCAGAGAGGCCUGUGUGGAGAUCACAGUGUGGGAUCAUGACAGACUUAACAAUCACUUCAUCGGUGGUCUGAGGCUAGGGCUCGGCACAGGGAAGAGUUAUGGGGUGGAAGUGGUUUGGAUGGAUUCAACAGCAGAUGAAGCAAAUUUGUGGCAGAGGAUGUUACAGUGUGAUGGUGAAUGGGUGGAGGAUGUUUUACCUCUGAGAAUGUUGGUGGUGGCAAAAAGCAUGUCAAAGUGAGACUGUAUAAAAUGUGUUGAUAAAUGUGCACUGCAUGUACAUUUGAAUGGAUCUACAAACAAUACACUAUAAGUGGAAGCGUAGCUUUAGUGAGUAAUGUGUAUCUAACUAAUGAUCAUUGUGUGAUAAAUAAAUAUACACUGUGCAUUAGUUUGUAUAGUCCAAACCACAUGUUAAAUGUCAUCACAAAAGUUAAAUUUCUACAAAUUAUACCAAAUAGGGCAGAGGAUACAAUCAUACAGUUAGAAAACAUACAAAUUGUUUUGAUCUGAAGAUAUAUUUGAUCUGAGCAAUAAUGAUUUGUAUAUAGUCCUAUUGUUAUAUAAUGUGACUGUUGCAACAAGCAAUUCUAUCUUCAAUAAACAGGAUAUUAAUGUGA